CACCCUGGACCCCGACCAGGCCAAAGGAACAACGCGGAGUACCCACCGAAACCCAUCCCGCAUUUCCCACCACUUACUCGUCCGGAAAACGUGCGCCACAGAGCUUCCGGACUGGUGCUCGCAUAUCGAGUUCAGUCAAGUGAGAUCAGGUCGAUCGGGUGUACCUCACGAAAACAGUCGAUCAUACGCACGGUCCGAAGUUCGCCGACUACGCCGGUUCUACGGAUCUUUGGAGAACGCGCGAUCGGUGAAUCACGAUUUUGGACGUGGGUGAAGCGUCGACGGUUCGGUUAUUCGCCGUUAAUGGUUUCCAGUGAUGGUCCGUUGUUAAGCAUGCACGAAUCGGUAGCGUGAGAUCGUACGGAAACACCUCGGCGAACCCUAGUCCGUAUCUGUAUCCUGACCUAACGACUCUGAUAAGACGCGAACUAGGAAGGGAUAACGGACAGGAGAGAGGAUUCUCCUCGGAGGCUCCGCGCAGUGAUAAAGUAGGCGUUCGAUGCCGGUCGUUUCGUGCUGAUCUCCCGAUUGAUACGGCGAUAUAUCAGCUAGCUCUCGCGGGUGGUGAUUAGACGCAGCUACGACGCUCGCAACGGUGAUAAGAGUGCGUGAAGGGGGGGUGUGUGAUGCCCUGGUUAUGGUUAAGCGUGAGUGAGGUCAGUGGCAAGAGGAGGAGAAGGACCGGCAGAGGCAGAGGCAGCUCGUCGUCCGCGUCGCCGUCGUCUAGGUCAUCGUCGUUCUGUCAGCCGUGGAGGAGGAGGAUCGCCGGCGGCGGUGGUGGUGGUGGUGAGAACUCGGUGGUACCGUCGACGUGCUCGACAACGACGGGCUGCUCAGCAACGUCCGCGUGCACGAGGAUCACCGACCAGUGACCACAGCAGCCAGGGUCGUCCUCGAGUCACAGCCACGUGAUUAUGGUGCACCAUCAUCAUCGUCGUCGCGGCCUUCAGGCGAGCCAUCAUUGCGCGAUCAGGAGGCGAGGAACGACACCCUCGCUUCUUCAAGUAUUCCUACUGAUACUCUGUCUCUGGCUACCGGUCUUGGAUAAUAGUGGUCUCGUCCUCGCCUGCGGACCGGGCAGGGGCGGCGGACGACGACCGAUCUUGAGGAAACUCACGCCCUUGGUGUUCAAACAACAUGUGCCGAACGUCAGUGAAAACACGUUACCGGCGAGCGGACUCAGCGAGGGACGCGUAUCACGUCACGACUCCAGGUUCCGGGACCUUGUGCCCAACUACAACGCCGACAUCAUCUUCAAGGAUGAGGAGGGCACCGGAGCCGAUCGACUGAUGACACAGAGGUGCAAGGAGAAGCUGAACACCCUCGCCAUCUCGGUAAUGAAUCAAUGGCCAGGGGUGAAACUACGGGUGACAGAGGGUUGGGACGAGGAGGGAAAACACGCGACGGAUUCGUUGCAUUACGAGGGACGUGCCGUCGACGUGACGACGAGCGAUCGGGAUCGUUCGAAAUACGGAAUGCUGGCGAGGCUCGCUGUCGAAGCUGGUUUCGAUUGGGUCUACUACGAGUCCAGGUCACACAUCCACUGUUCCGUCAAAUCUGAGUCCUCAUCGGCCGGCAAAUCAGGCGGAUGUUUCCCCGGCCGAAGCCUGGUGCGCACCCAGGACGGUUCCACGAAGCGCCUGGACCAGGUUCAGUUAGGCGACCGCAUCGCCGCCCUGGAUUCCCGCGGGGACAUCGUCUACAGCGAGGUGAUCGCGUUCCUGGAUCGCUCGUUAACCGAGAGGAGGCAGUUUGUACAGCUAACGACAGAGUCCGGUCGAGUGCUGACGCUGACACCUGCUCAUUUGGUGCCAGUGGAGGGCAGGUCGUCGAUCUUCGCCGGCAGAGUGAACCGCGGUGACAAGAUCCUGGUGAGGGACCCAGCGGACGAGAACGAGGUGGAGCAUCGUCUGCGAUGGGACAAGGUGGUAGACAGGCGGCUGGUCCUUGAAGAAGGCGUUUAUGCGCCUCUGACGACGGAGGGCACCGUUCUGGUGGACGACGUGGUCGCGUCCUGCUACGCCUUCGUGGACAGCCAGGAGGUGGCGCACUUCGCCUUCCUGCCGUACAGGAUCUGGACUAGCGUGAAGUACUUCUUCACGAGGAGGCUGCUGGGCGUGGAGGACACCAGGUACUCGGAGGUCAGGCAGGACACGAGGACGCCUCAGGAAGGCGUGCACUGGUACGCGUCUUUCUUGUUCUGGGUGUCCUCGUUCGUCACUCCCACGAGGAUGCUGUACCAGCGGCUGGUCCUUGAAGAAGGCGUUUAUGCGCCUCUGACGACGGAGGGCACCGUUCUGGUGGACGACGUGGUCGCGUCCUGCUACGCCUUCGUGGACAGCCAGGAGGUGGCGCACUUCGCCUUCCUGCCGUACAGGAUCUGGACUAGCGUGAAGUACUUCUUCACGAGGAGGCUGCUGGGCGUGGAGGACACCAGGUACUCGGAGGUCAGGCAGGACACGAGGACGCCUCAGGAAGGCGUGCACUGGUACGCGUCUUUCUUGUUCUGGGUGUCCUCGUUCGUCACUCCCACGAGGAUGCUGUACCAGUGAGGCCUCCCGGUGGUCCUGGAGGAUUCCUUAGUCUUCGUUGCGUGAAACGGACCGUGAAACGCGUCCAAAACGCCAGCCCACGUGGUCGCAGGACCAGGUCCUCGAGGGGAGAGUCCGGAGGAAACGUGGACCCUGAAGAACGUACUCGCGUUCGGGCUGAUCGUUUGUUGGCCAGUGUGACCUCCGAGUGACGUGUAGCAUAUUAGGUACAUAGGCGACGUGUGUACAAUACGAGUAUAUUAAUGUAAUUUGUUGUUCUGAUCCUUGAACGCGGACUGUGCUGUCUGAGAUGGAUCUGCGACGGAACCCGGUUAAAUGUGACUAUAAUUAGGAAAAUCGACGGACGGAAUGUACAGCAUGUUUAUGUAGAGUUUAUUUAUGGAACUGUGUGAGGCGGCCUUUUAUUGUAGCCCGGCGAAAUGCUUGAAAAGUGUUUCAGCGUUCUAUGUAGUGUGAAACCUAUUCGUUAUUGUAUCGAUACUUGCAAAAAUAGAUGAAAGUGUACUCUCGCGAACUUUGACUUCUUUCGGGUCCAUUAGACUGCAUUAUUUAUGUGGGAAGAGAAGAGUUAUGGUCUACUUAGGUUUUUCUGAGGCCUGGGUAAAUUAAGGGGAUCUUGCAUUAGCUGAACACAUUAUUUAUCAGAAGGAGGUUCAAUGUUAGGGUCUACUUAGGCUCUUUCGAAGUUAAGGUGGCUUGGAGUGUAGGAUAUACUACCUCUUGCAUUAGUUAUCCACAUUAUCUCCUUUCAUCAUAGUUGUACAUAUAAAGAAAAACAAUUACAAAAGCAACAUCUACAUUCAGAUUUCCUUAACCUGAACUAAACAUGGACAGUAAUUUAGAGAAUGUUUAUAUCAAUGUCCUACCUCUCGUCUUAGUUGUCCACAUAAUUUAUCAUCAAAAACAGAAAUUUUCACAUUUGAAUCUUCUCAAGUUCUAAUUUAGACAUAGAUAACCUAAACAAAAUGCAAAUAAGGAAAUAUCCUACCUCCCGCCUUAGUUGACCAUAUAAUUCAUCCACAAAAACAGUAAGUUUCACAUGUGAGUCUCCUUAAGUUCUAAAUGAGAAAUAAAUAUUCUGGACAAAAUGCAAAGAAGGAAAUGUUCUAACUCUCGCCUUAGUUGACUAUAUGACUUAUCAUCAAAAGUAGAAAGUUUCAUAUGUGAAUCUCCUUAAGUUCUAAAUUAGAAAUAAAUAUUCUAGACAAAAUGCAAUGGAGGAAAUGUCCUACCUCUCGCCUUAGUUGACCAUAUGACUUAUCAUCAAGAACAGAAAGUUCCACAUUUGAAUCUCCUUAAGUUCUAAACUGAACAUAGAAAACUUAGACAAAAUGCCCAAAAGAAAAUAUCCUACCUCUCGCCUUAGUUGACCAUAUGACUUAUCCACAAAAACAGAAAGUUUCACAUUUCCAUUUGAAUCUCCCUAAGUUCUAAACUAACUAUAUAUCAUAAACUACACAAAAUACAGAAAAAGAAAUAUCCUACCUCUCGCCAUAGUCGUCCACAUUAUAGAAAACAGAAGAUUUCUCAGAAUUUUCUCAGAAACCUUGACAAACCAGCAAUAAAUCGAAAUGAAACUAAAUCUAAAGGAAUUCUGAGAAGAGUCUAGUGGAAACUUAGGGAAAAUUCUGACUAGAGCGAUUUUUCUUAACCGAAAGAAGUCUUAGGUUGCGCAAGAGUACAUAAACGAAUAUUUUUCACGUAAUUUGAAUGAAUUACAUACAGAUAAAAUCGCGUGAGAAACUCCGCGUUUCCUCGAUCUUUUUCUUGUUUUUAACCAUAUACAUUGCUGCAUUUUUAACAUAAUUCGUAGAUGAAAUAACAAAUUUUCCCCUCGAUGUACAGUGAUCGUAGCGACAAAAUAUUGAUUUCGAUUAAAUUGUUUCUGAUCGAUGAUGUUAGGUGAUGAUCUUCGCGAUAGGACGAUUGCUGCAUUGACACCUAAAUUAUCUUUGCAGAAAUUGAUAUAUUAUAUAUUAUUAUA